CGAAGCUUUCAAAAAACAAAAUUGCGAAGUAAGAAACCUCCGUCGCGUUUUUUCGUCGUCUUUAAAUCGCAACCCAGGGUACUUCCUUAAAAUUUUGCUGAAGCUGUGGCAAUUUCUUCACUUCAGUGGUUCGGUGGCUUGACUAGUGCUUUGUAGAGGUCUUGAGAAGUUAGACAACGAGAAGCUAGGUUUGCAUCCUGACGGCAGCAUUAAGCGGCAGUGCCCACCUAAUCCUAAGGGUAAGUUUGAUACCCUGCCCAAGUUUGCCAAUCGCGCUCAGAAAGGAAAACAGAGAAGUAGGCAAGACAUGACUGCUCUAUCAAAACCCAAAGCAACUGACGGGCAGUUUAUAUUUCCUCUCAGAAGAGUUGACGGUGCCGGUAGAUCAAAAAGGGCAAGCUCCGCCAGUGAUCGAGAACAGGCUAAGAAGCAAAAAUCUACUCCAGCUCCUGACCAACAAGCCAGUCAAGCCAAAGAUUCAGUCGCCGAGACCAGAGUGAUUGUAAACCUGGACGAGGAUGCUACCGGUGCUGAGUCUGAGGCUUAUGGUACCGACAUACCAGCUCCUCCGCCCGUUAUUACUAAAGCUGAGAAGGUGAUCCCGGUAUCGAGGGAAGUUCCCCGAUUCAGCACUAUUCUGUCCGGGUCGGCUGGCCCGACUGCUUUCGUGCCGGCCUCUGUAUCAGACUUCAUUGAGUUCCCCCAUGUGAGGAUUCCUGAAGAAGUCUCUGAUGAACUCCUGGACUUUCCUAUCGGCAAUGCCAGUGAGCCUUGGUGCCCUUCCUUUACCGUAAAUAGGGGUGAAUCUGUCUACGCUGAUGAUCCUUCAUCUGGUGGUAGUCUCGGCUGGAGAAUGCUCAAAGAUCUUCCAACUCCAGCCGAUAGACCUACUGGUUGUUUUGUGGCUCCUUGCGGUCAAAUGAUGAAUGAUAUCCUCAGGACUGUCAACUUCGCUGUCGGGGUUGUGCAUAUGUACAGACAUUACCAAAGGCAGGCUGACAGAGCUGAGGUGGUUCUCAAAAAGGCCGAUGAGGAGCGGCAAGCUCACAAAGCUGAGAUUGAUGGGUAUAAAAGCAAGAUUAGUAAGUUGGAGGAAAAGGUGAUCGACCACAACACCUUAUUAAAAUAGCUUGAAGAUCAAACGCAGCUGAAGACCCAAAUUGAUGAACUGCAAAAGAAACUAGAGGCUGAGAGCGCGGAUAAGCAGAGGGCCGAGGAUGAACUCCGGCUUGCUCGCUUGGAGAAGCCUCUUAUCAAGCGUAGGGCCGUCAACCAGUUUCUGAAGUCUGAUUUAUACAGAGAUAAACUAGUUGACCGCUAUAACGGUGCUUGGGUUGCUGCUCAUCGGUGCGUUUGUAAGGCCGAGAACUGGGACGUGGAUAGAUGGCAAACGGUGGAGGAUGCUUAUGGUGCUGACAGCCAUCUCUCUCCUACUAUCUAUGAAGAGUCAUAUUUUGAGAACCCCCCCGUUCUGGACACCAUAAAAAACUUUGACCCUCGGAGUCUUCCCGACGAAGAUUUUGACGAAUCCCUUCUCGCUACUCCUCCUCGUGAUGACGCUCUGGAGAAGAUGUCGGCAACGAGGGAUUAAAGUUUAAAGCAGCUAUUGCCGGUUUCAUCAUGCGACUCUUGUUCUCCUAUUCCUAUUUUAUUUUGAAAAACAUUCAUCUGUUUUGACAUACUCUAAUGCUUUUUAUUUGGAUAAUAUGAUAAUUUGUCUAAAGCACCUGUUGGUGUGUGUAUAUUAUUUUGGUUUCGGACGAAAUGUUUAAUGACUGUUUAUUUUACUUACA